AUGCCUUUCGAACUCGUCAUUGACAUUCUUUCAAGACUACCCGUCAAAUCCUUGGGGAGAUUCAAGUGCGUCUCGAAAACAUGGCUCUCUUUGAUCUCAAGCCACGAAUUCAUCAAAACCCAUCUCGCAGUUGCAUCUGGAAGGGAUGAUUAUGAACACCAUCGUCUCAUGUUCACCGCCUUUGGUCACCGAGGCCGAUGGCUUCAGAUAUGCUCUCUAAAUCCUCUGCUUUACCCUGCCUCCUCCUCACCUAAGGAAUUCAACGUUGAUUCGGAAGUGAAGUCUUAUCACUAUAUAACUGGUUCUUGUAAUGGGCUGGUUUGCAUUGAGAUAGAUAGGGCCUACAUUGAUCCUAGGAAAGCUAAGCAAUUGCCUGACGCGGGUGGUUUUCCGAGUUUCGGGUUUGGUUAUGACAAGUUGAAUGACGAUUAUAAAGAAGUUGGGGCGUUCCAGAUCGAUAACAACAUCACCAUCAAAGUGCAUAGCCUAAAGAAUGAUUUGUGGCAUUGGGUUGAGGGGGGUAAGAUUGAGGGUAGGAUCAUUAGGUGGCCAAAAUAUCCUCUCCAAUAUGCAGGUGGAAAGUUUCACUGGUUCGUGAUGGAUGGUAAAUGUAAUGGUUUUAAUGUUGUUACACAUAAAAUUGCUAGCUUUGAUUUGGCGGAUGAGACAUAUGUGGAAAUGGAUUACCCCCAAAUGUUGGGACAGAUGACAAUGUGGGGACUCGUGACCUUAGACUUGGAACCUUGGGAGACUGCCUUUCCUUAUGGUCUUUGUAUUCUCAAAACGUAUUGUAAAUUAGUUGGCUCAUUGAGGAAUUGUGAUAUAUUGUUUGUAUGUCAUGGAAGAUUGUUUCUUUACGAUCAAAAGACGAAUACAUCCAGGGGCUAUCCACAAAUCGGUGACUUUGGACAGGCAACGUUGUAUGUUGAGAGUUUAGUUUCGCCCUGA